AAUCUGUCCAAAUGCGCACGGGUUUGUUUCCAAUUACGCACACGCAAUCAGAGCGAAGUGGAUUUAAGUUAAAAGUUUUAAAGAGAAAAUAAAUAAAGUCUUUAUUAAAUUACAGAGAAGUGACUUUUAGAUUUUAUUGUGUUGAAUGUGUUAAAGUGAAAUAAAUCACGCCUGAGCUGAUGAAGUGAGAUAUUUAUUUCUCCUGUCAGUUUACCCUCCGCUCCAUCCUCCGCUCCUCUCUCCUCCCUCUCUCUCCCGCGCCGUUCGCUCGGUGCUCGCUCCUUAUAAAUAAAAAUCCACCGUCCCCCUCGGUUCCUCUUCCUUAUUGGUCAGGUGGAGCCGUUACCUCACUCCGGGGCCGGUGACGCAACGUCUUCACGUAUCCUUCAUGCGCGUCUCUUCUUGUUUCUUAUUGAGAGUCUUGCCGUCGCUCAGAGGGAGAAAAACGGGAUUCGCGACCGAGCCGAGAGUGGCGGACGGACCGGGUGCGCUCGAUACUAAACACUUCCCAUCCCGGGAGGAGAGCGGCGCACAAGAGCAAGUCUCUCUCUCUCUCUCUCUCUUUCUGUGGAUCUCUCUCUCUCUCACUCUCUCUCUUUACCGCGCACACACACACUGACACUCGCGCCCGCGCCCGCGCACGCUCUGCAUACGUCUCCACUCCGCCGUAGUAAAUUACGGCAUUGAUCUUAACGGCGGAGCGCGGAUCUGUCUCCGGUCCCUUUUUUCCUUCGACGGAGCGACUUGGAGGAAGGCUCGACGGAGAAAGUGACUCCUCGUCCCUGCGCGCCUGUGAGGACCCCUGGUCAUGUCCGUUUAGCACCCCAUGCGUGAUGCCGGAUCAUGACAGCACCACCCUCCUAACCAGACAGACCAAGCGCCGACGUGUUGACAUCGGGGUGAAAAGGACCGUGGGUAGCGCGAUAUUCGUCCGCGCCAGGGAGACCCUGCUCGACAGCAUGAACCAAUCGCACGGCAUCGACCAGGACGGAGACUGCUCGUUGGUCGGCCACGGCCACGGGGGUGCCAACGGCGACGGGGAGAAGUCCAACGUUCUGAGGAAGUUGCUGAAAAGGGCCAACUCGUACGAGGACGCCAUCAUGCCUUUCCCCGGCGCCACCAUCAUCUCUCAGCUGCUGAAGAACAACAUGGGGAAGAACGGAGGGAGCGACUCGGGCUUCCAGGGGAGUGGAGCUCUGUCCAGUGGAGGCUCAGAGAUCCAGGCCGAGGACGCCUGCAGCAGCUCCUCCCGUGACCGGGACAGCCCCUCCGACUGCCUCUCUCCAGGGCCUCCUCUUCCUCCUCCACCUUCCUCCUCCUCCUUCGGGCGGCCUCCGCCGCCGUCGAACCAUAACUCCCACGCUUCCUCUCAGCCCCUCUCCCUCUCCUCCUUCGACCUGGACAGGCUUUCGGACGAGCAUCUCCGUGCAAAGCGCGCCCGCGUGGAGAACAUCAUCCGUGGCAUGAGUCACUCGCCGCUGGUCCGGCCCAACGCCGGCGACCACAACCAAGAGAGCAACCGCGAGAACGAGAACAGCAGCAACAACAGCAACAGCAGCAACGAGCACCGAGGAGACGGUAGCGGUCACAACAUCAGCGGCCACGACCACAGGCGGAGCGACGGCCCCUCGUCCCUCCUGAGCUCUCCGGGCUCGCGGGGCGGCGUGGUCAGCGUCGGCGAGGUUUACAGGGAGAAUAAGAGGAAGCAGCGUCUGCCACAGCAGCAGCACAGCUUCACCCAGCUGGUGUGUUCGAGGCAGGAACAGCGGCAGGAGGAGAGACGGCAGCUCAAACUGCAGCUGGAGGACAUGCAGAAACAGCUGCGUCAACUCCAGGAGAAGUUCUACCAGAUCUACGACUCGGAGACGGAGGAGGAGGAGGAGAACGGCGAGGGCGGCGAGGCCGACCGAGGCCGAGAGAGAGAGGAGGACGGCAAUCUGUCAGAGGACAGCAUCCGCUCCGACGGCCUGGAGGAGAGGCACAGAGACCGAGGCCGGCACAGCCACGACGACCUCUCCGAGCUGGAUCCAGGUUUGUUCCUGGACCGGGCCCGAGCUCUCCUCCGAGAACAGGCCCUGAUCGACGGGGAGAUGGAGGAGGACGUGGACGGCCGGGAGGAGGAGGAGCGGAACGGAGAGAGUGUGAUGAAGAGGAGAGGAGGAGGAGCGGCAGGAGGGGGGAGGCAGUUGGCCGAGACGCUGAAGCAGGAGCUGAACUGCGCCGUGUCGCAGGUCGUCGACACCGUCGUCAAGGGCUUCUCGUCGCCCAAGCAGGCCGUCACUCACCAUCACGGCUGCCACAGCAGCACGCCGGCCGCGCCCUCAUCUUCCUCCAACUCGUCCUCUUCUUGUCCUCCACCUUUCGGCCCACUCCCCUCCCUCACCCCGGACUCACGCUUUGGCGGCGGCGCCCUGGCCCUCAGCCUGAACGGCGACGGCAGUCCCACUCCGAACUACCACUCCUCCAACCAGAGGCUGCACUGCUUCGGCGAUGUGAUCGUGCCGAGCCCGCUGGAUUCGUUCGCUGGUUUGAGUGGCAGGCUGAGCGGCGUGCCGACGCCCAACGACCAGACGGAGGCACUGCCGCUGGUGGUGCGCAAGAGCGGUGGAGGAAGUGGCGGAGAGAACAACAACCUCUCUUCCUCUCUUCCUCCUCCUCCACCCCACCAUCCCUCCCUCCACCCUUCUCCGCUCACGGCCUCGCUCGGGUUUAGCCCUCCAUCGUUUCGCCACCCGUUCCCUCUGCCCCUGAUAGGUUACCCCUUUCAGAACCCGCUGGGGCCGCAUGGCGGCGGGGGCAGCUACCCUCCGGGCCCCAAGGACCACCACCGGUCCUCGCCCGACUCUAUGGACAUGACGCGGGAGACGGUCAGCCUCAGAACCAAAAUGGCGUCGCUCGGAGGCCAUCUCAGUCACCAUCACCACCACCACCACCACCACAGGCAGAGCUCGCCGAGUCAACACGGGCCCGAGGGUCUGUCCCUGUCCCUCAUCAAGUCUGAGUGCGGGGACCUGCAGGACAUGUCCGACAUCUCGCCGUACUCAGGCAGCACCAUUCAGGAGGGUCUGUCUCCAAACCACCUGAAGAAGGCCAAGCUGAUGUUCUUCUACACCCGCUACCCUUCCUCCAACAUGCUCAAGAUAUUCUUCUCCGACGUCAAGUUCAAUCGCUGCAUCACCUCCCAGCUGAUCAAGUGGUUCAGCAACUUCAGGGAGUUCUACUACAUCCAGAUGGAGAAGUUCGCUCGGCAGGCCAUCAACGAAGGCGUGACCUCGUCGGAGGAGCUGGCGGUGGGCCGCGACGCCGAGCUCUUCAGGGCGCUCAACAUGCACUACAACAAGGCCAACGACUUCGAGGUUCCCGAGCGAUUCCUGGAGGUAGCCCAGGUGACUCUCCGCGAGUUCUUCAACGCCAUCGUGGCAGGGAAGGACGCGGACCCGUCCUGGAAGAAGGCCAUCUACAAGGUGAUCUGCAAACUGGACAGCGAGGUUCCCGAGGUCUUCAAGUCCCCCAACUGUCUACAGGAGCUCCUCCACGACUGACUACAGCGAGGGAGGAAGCACGGCGAGCAGGACAAACGUCAGAGACGACGGAGUCAGACUUAGACUAGGCCGAGGUCUUCAAGACGUUCACGAGACUUGAAGUGACAAAACUGCCCUCGAAAUGUUUUAUAAAGAAAAAAAUAUUCCUUCUUCAACGCCUUUGACGAGGGCUCGGACUCACGAGUCAAAAUUAAUGUCGAGACUUUUAUGAAUUAAAAGCAGCACGGUGAAAAUUGAACCUCCUUGCACUCACAGAAAAGUCGCGUCUUUGUCCUCCUCCUCCUCCACGUCCAAGCUUGCUCUUCAUCCCCCUCUGGAGGAGCCGAAAGGAGGCGACGAAGAUGACGGAUCAAAUCUUCAGCCCAGCGUGACUCGGGGUCGAACUAAAAAUAAAGAAGAUAAUAUAUAAAAAUCUUUUUAUUGUGGAUGUUUUUAAGUUACAUGGACAUUUUUGGAAAAAAAAAAAAAAGUGAUGUUUCUGUAUUUUUUCUCCUUUGUAUAAGCUUACUCUUCUAUGAACCCUCACAUAGACACACACACACGUACAGACACACACUUACACAUACACACACACACACACACACCUCUUGAAUAGGAAAGCACAGUAGCGUUCCCGAAUUCUCCCCCGACGCCCGGACGAAGCGGGCAUGAACAGACUUGUUGUUUAUUUCCCUUCUUUUUACUUCUCCCUCUUCUUACUGUACUGAGACGUACUGGCUGUUUCUUUGACUGUGUGGCUCUCCCUGCCCCGCUCACCCCUCCACGGCCGCCCCUCUUGGCUCGGAGCAUCGAAGACGAAACAUUUCAUCAUUGAAUUGAUCUUAAAAAUCUCCGACCAGUCCUAGAAGAGUUCCUCAGUUACUCCCAUCCUCCUGUUUUGAACUCAAAGGGCUGCAACUAACUGUUAUUUCAGCAAUGACUGAUCUGUCGAUCGGUUUCAAUUAGUUGUUUGAUCCAUUAAAUGUGAGAAAACGGUGAAAAAUGUCCAACGUGACGUCGUCAGAUGUCUCGUUUUGUCCACAACCUUUAGAUAUUCAGUUUAUAUUCACAUUUGAGAAGCUGAAAGCAGAAUUUGGACAUUUAUUCUUAAAAAAAAAUGACUCAGAAUCAUCAAUAAAUUAUCAAAAUAGUGACAACAUCUUCACGUUGUUGUGAUGUAUUCAUGACAAAGUUAUGUAACGAGGACGCAGCUACUAUCUGUGAUAUAUCCGUGAUAACGAGCACCAAGAACUAGUCUGUAGUUCGUUCACGGCUCGAUUGAACGACCAAUCAGCCGUCCUCAAACACGUUUCUCUCUGCUCUGAUUGGCCAAGCGGGGCGGCUGCACCGGCCGGGUCAUGUGUGAAGUGUUUUAAGGUUUUAACAGCAGAAAAAAAAA